AGGAGGCUCUGGUGAGAUGUCAACAGCUUCUCUCGCGCUUACCUCCCAUGGAAGGCAGUGUGAGAUACGAUCGCUCCUGGGGAAUCGAAGAGUCACUGGAGCAAUUCCAGUGCCUUGUGCGACAGCAUGAAUUGCAAUCUUCGGUGGGUCAGAGCCAUGUGGCCGUGAGGAAGUUGCACAGGGACUUCUGCACGUUGAAUGCGAUGGAAAUGGCCCGACUUGCCAAAGCAGCAUUGGGUAGCACCGACAGCCAGCUGAAGGUAAAAGCCCUGGAACAGGUGAAGGUGGCCACUCAAAAGCUGCGAAAUUCCAUGACUUUGGCGGACAUCAAAGAGCUGCAAAGCGCCGAGAAAGUCCUUCAGAUGGAAGAGGAGAUCAGAAAGUGCAAUGCUGAAAUGACGACUCUUCGUGAAUCAAUCGAAGACCUGAUCAAGGGCGGUGGUCCACCCAUUGCUGGUCCUGUGGGAAGCGGCAAAGCAGAGGUUGGAACCAACAGGAAGUGGUUCUAUUGUUCUGACUGUCACGUGGGUGGCCAUGGAAGACGCUUUUGCAGAUAUCUCUUGAAGAGACCCAACUGGAGGAUUUAUCCCAGUGAAGAGUGGUUCCAAGAUCGAAAUGGUCAAGUGAGUCAUUGCCCACUGGGAAAACAGGGAGUGGAUUUCACAGACGAGACCUACUUCAGCCGGAUUUGCAUGCACAUCAAAGGACGUACAUGGCUUGAAGACAAGCGCAAACUCUAUGAGUUUGUGCCGGAUCUGAUGCCAUAUACAUAUGUGAUCCAGAACAGGAAAUGGCUAGGAGAUGUUCCUGAAAGUGUUCCUGCAGAUGCCCCACCAUGGCCCUGGUUCUUGAAAGAGACGGACCGAAAUUGGGGAACCAGUGUCCACUGCCUCUCCGGUCCAGAUGAGUGCCUGGAGAACGCCAAAGACGAUGCGACUUAUGUGGUCCAAAAGCAUAUCCCUGACCCACUGCUGUACACAAAUGGGGAGAAAUGCCACAUCAAGUUCUACAACCUGCUUGUGGGUUUGGAUGAUGGUGUGACUUGGCGCCUCUACACCUAUCGAGAUGGUUACCUCAGCAUCAGCCCCAAAGCUUGGAGUCCGGACGAUCUGUCAAAGGAAUGCCAAGUGACCAUCAUUCGGACCAAGAGAAUCAAUGACUGGCCCUACUGGGAAAAGGUCUAUGGAAAAUGUCAGGCAGGUGUAGCCACUGUCAUCAAGCGGGCUGCAGAACAAGGAAAGUUGGAAGGUCGAAACAAGAUACAGUUCGAAAUCAUCAGCGCGGACUACAUUGUGACCACCAAUGAAGAUGUGUAUUUGCUUGAGUUCAAUACUGGACCUGUUCUGAAGGAUGCGGAAGACUCUCCAGAUGUUCAUGAUGCGGGGAUGGUGGACGGAGCCUUACACAUUGUCGAGCCAUGGGAAGGGGGAUCCCCUGAGCUCUGGGAUCUGGCAUUGGAGUGUAAGGGGGUUCCACCGAAACCAGAACAGUUUGCAUCAGACUUCUAACAUAUUCAAAUCAAAAAAAUA